UAUACUGAAAAAGUCUCUUUGAUAUACCGCCAUAGUUGUGUAUUAAGAACGGAUUAGCACGAGUUACCGAUAGUAUAUUGCCGAUUUGUUCCCUCAAACUUCAGAUUUAUCGCCAAAAUAUGUCUGAGGAGGUAGAGAGCGACGUAUUACGAUGAUUGCAUGUGUGUUUCUAUUGAGUAUCCUGUUUUCACAUGUGAAUGGAAAGGAUAAAGCGAUUUUGGAUAUAGUAAUGCAUAAAAGUGAUCGCAAUGGAGAAUACACGACAGAGGUAGAGAAACUGUUGGGAUAUUUUACCACUGCUGGUUCCAUGGUCAGUGCAGAGGGCCAGGUUUUCCAGAUUCAUCCCUUGAGUAUCUGCAGCAAUGAGCUCUCAACAGAACUGUUUCCAUAUGGCUGGGUGGGUGUGAUGAGAUUAGAACAAAUGGACACACCUUGCAUGUCGCUGUUCCAACAGGCAAUGAAGGCCAUUAAAAAUGGUGCCACAGCAGUUAUAUUUGAUAUCUCUGAAGUCCCACAGGCCAUCAAACAGCUGGAGAGACCAACUGAUGUACAACUUGAGCGACCUGUGAUCAUCAUUCAGGGAGCCCAUGCCAAGAAACUGAUGAACAUUAUUCGUACUGUCCAAGAUGCUCGCGCCAGAAUUCGCUCCAAGCACGUCGAAGUUAGCACAGAUGUAAGCAAGGAAUACUUUGACAUGUGGAUAUUUGUGGCAGUUUUCGUCUUUGUCUGCAUAGUCAUAAUCGUUAUUGUUAUCAAGAUCAAAUUAAGAAACAGAGAACCAGAGGUUUCAAUGCCAGAACUGGCCAAAAGGGCAAUUUCUAAGUUAGAGACCAGAAAGUACAAGUUCCCUUCAGCGAAAGUAAUAAGAGUUCCCUCCCCUGUGUCGGAUGUAUAUAGCUGUGGCUCUGGACUGGAGCAGUGUGCAAUUUGUCUGGACGAGUACAAAGAAAGUCAGGUUUUACGGGUGAUGCCCUGCUCUCAUGAGUUUCACAAAGACUGUGUGGAUCCUUGGCUUGUGGCCAAUAGAACCUGUCCUCUCUGCAUGUUUAAUAUAGUUGCCAAUGAUACUGCAGACCAACCAGUCCAUUCAGUUGAGAGACAGGACAAUCAGAGCACAACUCUCUAUGAUCCUCAUCGCAUUAAUCUUCAGAGAAAUCCAGGUUAUGAUGUUUACCAACAAAUACAGCACCCCAGUUACCUCCAGUACAUACAGCCUAGCAGUUCAGGGGAGAGAAAUCACAGGUCAGACCGCCCGGGGGUUCAUGGGAGAACUCCUGUCCCUAUCAACAAUGGCUGCCCUUCUUGUGAAGGAACAGUUGGAUCCUCCCCAUCUUCUGGAAGUUCUUACUUAAGAGAAUAUUGUGCAGCAGCAUUACCUACACAAUCUUUUCAGAGGCCUUGUGUGUACCAUAAUUAUCCAAAAUACUCAAAACAAACAUAUCAUCACAAACACUGUUGUUACAGCUACAUGGAAAAAGGACUAGCUUUCCAUUGUUCUAAUUCAUCACAUAAAGUUCACCGUUGUUCAUUCCCUAAAUGUGUAUCUUCAUACAGUCAUCGCAAGGUGUGUUUCCAGCAUCACAGGAAAAGUUUCCAUGACUACAGCAGAAACAAAGUGUGUCCCCACCAGUGUCCCAGGUGUAGACUUUCUGCCAAGGCUUGGGAGAGUGACUCGGAAAGCUCCACUUCUGAAAGUGGAAGGAAUGUGAGCAUUAAAGCUGUUUAUGGCAGCUGCAGUAGUACGGAUAGCUCUCAAGGAAAUCCAAGUGUGGACAGUCUGGAGCAGGUGAUGUGUCGGUUGUGUAAUCCGUUGGAUAGUAAUCAUUCAACCUAUGGAAGCAGUGACCAGAGGGAUAUGACGGAUAGCAGUAGUUGUGAUUCUAAUGUGUUUGCAUCAGUUGAUCAGACUGGUGGUAGCAAGACUACUCCCUGGCCUUCGGAAACUGUCUACAUGGAGAAAGAGAGAGGAACUAUUAUUCAGAGCAAAGCUACACUCGAGACAUUGCCUACUACACAGUGCUUUAAUUUUAACCCUGAGUGGGAAAAUGAAAACAUGUGUAGCUGUACCUCCAGUAAUAAUGAAGGAGAUGACCAUUCCAAUGAAAGCGACUCCACAUUGAACUUGAGUGGAGUCAGUGCUGGUGCAUGUUCAAGUCUGACGAGUUCAAUAAAUACUUUAGAUGGAACUCCCCAAACUUGUCACUGUGAUUCUCCAGAUCUUUCUCUUAGUGAAAUUUCUGGAAUUAGUGCAUAUAUCAGCAAUGAAAACCUAAACUCAAACACUAGUCAUGAACCAUUGUUACCAAAGACUGUUUCUUGUGAGCAAUUGAAUGUGUGUCCUGCAUCCAAACUUACUUGCAUGUCAUUAAACUACAUGAGAUUACACGAUGCUUUCAAUGGACCAGCAGAAUUGUGUUCAUCAGAACAAACAAUCGGCUGUGACCACGUUGUGAAUCCAAACUACAAACAAUUAACUGAGGCAUCUAGUUGUCUUUCAUCAGGGAACCAGUUUCAAACUAGUGCCCAGUCCAGAUUACCUAAGCAGUCUGUGGUGAUAUAUUCAGAACCCGAUGGCAUUUGCAAAGUGUCAACAGAGCUGCAUCAACCACAGAAUCUGCUGUAGAGAAAGACCUCCUCUUCUGUAUGUUAUCAACAGCUUGAGGAUGCACCCUAAAGUUUGAUUUUGAUGGAGAAACACUGGAAUCUUGAUAUACUCAACAUUUAUAUCUACAGUCACUUAUGUCAAUACUCUGAUGGAACAUGCUUAAUGGAUACCCUUUUAUUUUGGUGAAUGGAAACCAUUAAAAAUUUGAUAUUAUGUAAGUUUCACUGCCUUCUGAAAAAUUAAAAUAAUUUUCAUUGGUGUUCUAUUUUUCAGUAAAGAAACCCCCCAAAAAGUGAUUGUAUGCAUGGAAGUUUGAGAAAACAAAAUGAAUAACUACUUAAGAUAUUUUGCAUUUAUUUCAUAUUAAUGUAUGUUAUCGGACAGACCUGUAUGGCAAUCUUUAUGCUUCCAUUGUUUGCUACCUCUUGUAUUGUUCCCCAAUACUCUUUGUCCUCUAUUACGUUUUCCUUCAAAGGCCAGUAACUCAUCUGUACAACUUCUCACUUUUCAUUGGUCUAGAUGUAGGCUAGUCUACAGUGAUCGUUUGUGAUUGACAGCUGUUCUUCAUCAAAUUACAUCACCACAUACCACCCAGCAUUUUCAUUUUGUGUAUAUAAUAGAUUUUCAUUUGGAAUUAUUAUUUUUUUAUAUACAUAUAUAAAAUGGAAAUGGAUGAAAUCGCACAGAAGAAAAAGGAUUCCAUAUUUCUAUUAAAGACCAACUGUGUGUAACAUGUUAAUUAACUGAAAUAUUUGAAAUAGAAAGGAUCCUUGAAUAUUUUUUUAGCAUUUCUUUUUUGUUAAAUUCCUAAAUUGCAAGGAGUUCAGAUGUACUUAAAGUUCUUUUUUUGUUCCAUUGAAAAAAAUGCAGAUCCUACAUGACAAUUUUAAAGACCCCUAGUCACCCACUUCUGAGGCACUUCAGAUUUCACAACUGUUAGCUCUAAUUUAUUCAGUUCUGGAUGAUUAUUUUUCUGUCACUUAUGCGCAAUUAGUAUUGUAUUACUGUGUUCUUCAGAUAAGUAAAGCAAACUAUCUUAAUAUUUAUUUUUCAGUGUUGGCAAACUCCUCUUUUUCAAAGAAAAUCCAUGUUAUGAAAUCCAUGUAUUGAAUGUAUUAUGAUUUUAACAAAGUCCAUGUACAUUGUGGCAGUUUAUAUAUAAAAUGUCGAAUGUUGUUAAAUUAUGAAUGUUAUGAACCAUUAGAUAUUGUUUUUUUUCCUCAUGCAAUACAUUGUGUAAAUACAUUUUAUGAUUUACAUAAUGCAAUAAAAUACUAAAUUAAUUCAAAA